AUGCCAGGCCUCGUGUCAGCAACAGGCGUCCUCGCCUUCCUCGCUGAUGAGGAGCCUGAACUCAAGGUCUUCGCCCUCCAGACUCUGAAUGAUGACAUAGAUACCAUUUGGACCGAAGUCGCCAACGCACUGAGCCAGAUUGAAGCCCUCUACGAGGACGAAUCCUUUCCUGAGCGACAAUUGGCUGCUCUCGUGCUUGCCAAAGUCUAUUAUCAUCUCCAGGCCUACAAUGAUAGCAUGGUUUUUGCUUUGGCCGCCGGCGACCUCUUCAAGCUCGACGCCCCCGGCGAAUUUGAGGAAACCAUUGUCUCCAAGUGCAUCGACCAGUACAUCUCUGUUACCGCCGCCCGCCAUGCUACCCACAAGACGGCCAAGAAUAUCGAUCUUCCCGAGCUGACAACUACCUUCUCCAACCCGUCCGACAGCGCCGUCAUGUCUCCUACUACGCCCUUUUCGCAGACGACGCUGCCUCCCAAGUCUUUGCUUUCGCGCGCCUCCCUCGACGACGCUUCCAUUGAGGCUAGCCUACUUCCCCUCAAGGAGGGACGUUCCGGCUCUGUUGCCCAGUUGCCGGAUCGCGCCACCGAGAAAGCUCUGCAGAGAAUUAUCGAGCGCCUCUUCGAAAGCUGCCUGAAACAAGGUCGCUAUCGCCAAGUCGUCGGCAUUGCCAUCGAAUCCAAGAAUCUCGAUAUCUUGCGCAAGGUCAUCAAACGCGCGAGCGAAGAUGAGAAGAAAGCUGCCAAGUCUCAGGAUGGCGCUGCAGGCCCUGCAGAAGAUCUCAUGGAGUAUACUCUCGGAGUGUGCAUGGACAUUGUCCAGGAGCGAAGCUUUCGCACCGAAAUUCUGCGACUCAUCCUCGACCUCCUCAAUGAAAUUCCUGACCCAGACUACUUUUCCAUCGCCAAGUGUGUUGUCUACCUCAAUGCCGAUGUGGAAGCCUCUAACAUGCUCCAUUCCCUCAUUGAGAAGGGCGAUCGCACAUCCAUUGCCAAUGCCUAUCAAAUCGCCUUCGAUCUCUACGACAACGGCACUCAGGAGUUCCUAGGUAAUGUCAUCUCAUCACUGCCUUUUGAAGAACCACCCAACCCAGAGGACAAGGAAAACGAGGACAAUACCGAGAGCGCCUCCCUCCUCCAGAACCGGCAGGAAUCGCCUGAGAGUGAAACACCCCAGGACGUUGCCUUCCGCAACAUUCGAUCCAUCCUCGACGGUUCCAAGACUAUCCGACUCAAUCUUGAGUUCCUCUAUCGCAACAACCAUACGGACCUAAGUAUACUUAACAAGGUUCGCGACAGCCUGGAGGGUCGCAAUUCCAUCUUCCAUACUGCCGUCACGUUCUGCAACGCCUUUAUGAACCAAGGAACCACCAACGACAAGUUCUUCAGAGAUAAUCUAGAGUGGCUUGGCAAGGCCGUGAACUGGUCCAAGUUUACUGCUACUGCUGCUCUCGGUGUCAUCCAUCGCGGUAAUCUGUCGCAAUCACGCAAGCUGCUCGAGCCUUACUUGCCGAGACAGGGCGGCCUUAGCAGCGGCUCCAUUUUUAGCCAGGGUGGUGCCCUCUAUGCUUACGGCCUGAUUCACGCCAACCACGGCGCUGAUGCACUGGACUUUCUCAAGACGCAGUUCAGCCAAGCCGAGGAGGAGGUUGUCCAGCACGGUGGUGCCCUCGGCCUUGGUAUUGCUGGCAUGGCCACUGGCGACCAAGAAAUUUACACAAAACUCAGGGACAUUCUUUACCAAGACUCGGCUCUCAACGGUGAAGCCGUUGGCGUUGCCAUGGGCCUCAUCAUGCUGGGUACCGGUAACGUGAAGGCUCUCGAGGACAUGAUCAACUAUUCUCAUGAGACUACUCACGAAAAGAUUGUUCGUGGCGUCGCUCUUGGAAUGGCUCUUAUCAUGUACGGCCGCCAGGAGGGUGCUGAUGUCCUGAUCGAGGGUCUUCUCAACGAUCCCGACCCUACUCUCCGCUACGGUGGCAUCAUGACUGUGGCCAUGGCCUACUGUGGUACCGGAAGCAACAAGGCUAUCAGAAAACUUCUCCACACGGCUGUCAGCGAUGUCAAUGAUGAUGUUCGCCGUAUCGCCGUCAUGAGUUUGGGCUUCAUCCUCUUCCGCAAGCCUGGCAGCGUACCACGCAUGGUUGAGCUUCUCUCUGAGUCAUACAACCCUCACGUUCGCUACGGCUCUGCCAUGGCUCUGGGCAUCUCUUGUGCUGGCACUGGCCUGGACGAGGCCAUCGACCUCCUGGAACCCAUGAUGAAGGAUCCUACCGACUUUGUCCGUCAAGGUGCUCUCAUUUCUCUCGCGAUGAUUAUGGUGCAGCAGAAUGAGAUCAUGAACCCUAAGGUCGCCUCCAUUCGGAAGACGCUGAAGAAGGUUGUCGGAGAUCGUCACGAGGAUGCGAUGACCAAGUUUGGUGCCGCACUUGCCCUUGGUAUCAUUGAUGCAGGUGGUCGCAACUGCACGAUUGGCCUCCAGACCCAGACCGGCAAUCUUAACAUGGCUGGCAUUGUUGGUAUGGCUGUCUUCACCCAGUAUUGGUACUGGUUCCCCUUUACGCAUUUCCUGUCCCUCAGCUUUUCCCCCACUGCAAUCAUUGGCCUGGAUCAUGACCUCGAGAUUCCCGACUUCAAGUUCCACUGUGCCACUCGCCAAAGCCUGUUUGACUACCCGCCUGAGCAGGAGGUCAAGACCGAAGAGGGCCCGGCACUCAUCGCCACUGCCAUCCUGUCCACAACUGCCCAGGCUAAGCGCAGAGCUCAGAAGAAAGAGCGUGCCCAGCGCCGUGAGAGUAUGGAUAUGGACCCUACUCCGCCCAAGGAUGGUGACAAGAUGGAUAUCGACGACGAGAAACCCAAAGAUGGUACCAAGGAAAUCAAGGAGGGGGAGGAGAAGGAGUCUACUGAAACUAAAAAGAAGCCUGAAAAGGAGAAGGUCGGCUACGAAAUCGAAAACAUGAGCAGGGUCCUCCCAAGCCAACUCAAGUACAUCACCUUCCCAGCCGGCCGAUACAAGCCGGUCAAGAAGCCUACUGGCGGUCCCAUCCUGCUUGAUGAUACACAGCCAGAUGAGAGCAAGUCUGUCCUGGAAGAAAAGCUCAAGAAGGUGACCACGGAGCGCGCCCCCGUCGCUGGUGUUCAGCGGAGUGGCAAUCGAACCAGCAACGCCCGCCUCCUCGAGACCUUGGUAGGAGACUCGCGUCGCGGGCCGGACACGAAUGCCAUGCUGGACUUACUCUCUCGCGGAGGACGCCUAAAUCUGGGCGGUGGGGAGCGCGAGAUUCCCUCUCGACAGGUCUAUACUCCUGGCACCGGCCUAGUUCAGGGCCACCCAGAAAGAAACAGCCCCGAAGUGGACGACGAAGGCGAAGGUAUCGAGGAGGCCGAGGUGCCCGACGAGUUUGAUUACUUUACGGACAGCAGCGACAUUGAAUAA